AUGGAAGGAGGAAGUAAUUCGCAGAGAAGCACACCAACGUCUUCCACCCCAGAGACAGAAAUAAAUCAACAGAAGGCAAGACUCUUAGUACAGAAGUUAAAAGAAGAGAUUCAACUUGCAAAAGCUUCAACUGAUCCUGCAAAAGCAAAAGCCCAUUAUCAAGUAGCAGAAAAGAUUAAACGUGUAUUGCUCACAUUUCAAGCACAACAGGGUGCCAAACAACAAACCAAUGAAGGAACUCCCAGUUCAGGAUUAGGUUCUACACCAGUGGUUACACCAGGAGGAAGUAUUAUUCAACCACCCACUAUCAAUUCAGGAGUUACUUCUUCGGUUGCUUCUCCUUCUGUAUCAUCCUCUGGUGCAGUCUCAGCUAUACAAUCGCCAAGCCCUCAAAGAUCAACUCCUGUACCAGCGUCAGACUCUAAUACAUCAAGCACGGGAGGACAGAAAGUCACUGUUGAGAAAUUUAAUCAAGUCAAAAAUAGAUUGAAGGAACUCUAUGACAAGGUGAAAGCUUUAGAAAGCAAUCGAGCUUUAGAAACUGAUGAAAGCAAGAAAGCAGCCAUGGAGAAGGAAGCUAAAAUAUUGACUACACAAUUGCAGCAGUUUCAGAAAGUUGCAAUCUAUAUGAAGAAUCAACUAGUGCAACAGGGAAGAAUUUCGGGAAGUACCACUCCCGUAGGGAACAUGAGCUCACGUCUGGCCACGCCACCCAUUUCACAAGAUACAUCGAACAAACCACCCGUUCCAGCAGCUACAGCACAACCAAUUCUCCAACCUCAGCCUGUAGCAGCAACUACUAAUACAACUACCAGCUCCCCAGCGGUCAAAACAGAAGAAUCCAACAAACCAACAAAGACAGAACCUACACCCAAAGCAACACCCGCAGCGACAACCAAAGCCAAAUCAGCAACGCCAUCUAGCGCGAAGACCACCACAGCUCCUACGCCCACCGCAACAGCUGCCCCACCCGCUCCCCCUGCAGCAGUUCAAAGAGCAAUGACUACGAAUAGCGACAUACCCAAACUCAAACAAGCAAUCGCCUCCACCACCGCAGCUACAACUACUCCCGCCAACAAUACAAACCGAACUACCACCACUUCAAGCAUCACUUCUUCGACCAUGCCAACCUUGAACAGAUUCGCAUCUAGUCUUGAUAUGAGUUCAUCUUCAUCAACGGUCACCCCGGCAAAUAUACCAGAUAAUGGAGGUCGAGUGUUGACGAAACGAAAGCUCGUCGAGUUGGUGAAUUCCAUCGCAGUCGACCAAUAUGGGGAUACCAAGACCUCAGUAGAUGUGGAUGUGGAGGAUUUAUUCUUGGAUUUGGCUGAUGACUUUGUGAGAUCCGUAGUUGGGUUUUCAUGUCGAUUGGCCAAACAUCGAAAGAUUGAUGAGAAUAAGAUUGAUAUUCGGGAUUUGCAAUUGAAUUUAGAAAGAAAUUGGGGGAUACGGGUGCCUGGAUAUGCCAUGGAUGAGAUUAAGGCAGUGAAGAAAUGGCAACCAAAUCCGGAAUAUGUAGAGAAGGUGAAACAGAUUGAAAAAUCGGAAAAUAAGGAAAGAAAAUAA